AUGGGCAUUCUCUUGAGUCGCCUCAAAGAAUUAUGGGAUCGUUUCGGGAAUCGUCAAGCAAAAAUCCUUUUGGUUGGACUUGAUGGAGCCGGAAAGACGACGUUUCUCUACAAGUUGAAGCUAGGCGAAGUGAUCACGACAAUUCCAACAAUUGGUUUUAACGUUGAAUCAGUGCAGUAUAAAUCGAUCACUUGCACGUGUUGGGAUGUAGGCGGGCAGACGAAGAUUCGCCCGCUUUGGCGUUACUAUUUCGAGAAUUCAGACUGUGUAAUCUUUGUCAUCGAUUCAUCGGAUCGUCAACGCAUAAAGGAGGCCAAAGAGGAGUUGGAUGCGCUCUUUGCCGAAGACACUCUACGCAAUGCAAUUUUUCUCAUCCUAGCCAAUAAACAAGAUCUCCCGAUGGCUCUUCCUCCUGGCGAAAUGAUCGAUCUUUUAGAGUUGUCCAAUCAACGCAAGCAAAAGUGGUUUGUGCAAUCGUGCUGUGCCCAUACUGGUGACGGGAUCUAUGAGGGAUUGGAUUGGCUCGAGAAAAAUCUUCCGAAA